GUCCUUCAAAAGCAGUUCAGUAUCGUUCGGGAUUUUUUAGUGUGCCGCCAUAGAAAUUAUAUAUUGUUUAUUUAAAAAAUAAAAUUAAAUUAAAAAUAAUAUGGAACGUUUUUCUUGGUCGAGUUUAAAGAAGAGUGUUUGGUCCAUUUCGGCCAUGUUUGUAAGAACCAGGCGGAGAAAUGACAACCAACUCAAGAAUAGUGAAAGUGACCAGGUUCCUCAAGACUUGGGAUUGGAUAACACGAUAUUUACGAUCUCGGAGAUGCUGGAGGAACCGCUGAUCAGCGGCCUGGAGCUGGACAAGGAGUUCCUGCAGAGUGUGCUGAGAGAGAGCGAGGCAGAGCCCUACCUAGAAGUGGUGUCGGUGGAGUCGACUCCGGGCUGCAACAUCGGCGACAACUACAUGUCCGCCGUCAGCAGGCUGGUUAUCAGCGCAGAGACACCAACGCAUCAAAGCUUUCAAAAAUCAUUGCUGAUGAAAAGACAACCUGCCAGUAUAGCUAGAAGGCAAGCAUUCAGAUGCGACCCUGCCUUCCGCAACGAAGCAGCCGCCUACAGGAAGGUGCUGCCAGGACUGAGCCACUUCGCGGGCUGCAGACUCGCCUUCCCUCAAUGUCUGCACGCCUCCAGCCAGUUCGUGGUGCUCGAGGACCUCAAGCAGGCAGGAUACGAAAUGGCGGACAGGGCCAAGGGGCUGGACUUAGCACACGCCAAGCUUGCCUUGGAGGAACUGGGAAGAUUCCACGGAACCUCAUUAGCAUUGAAGCACGUCGACCCCAAGUCCUUCAGCAGCCUCAAGAUGGCGGUGCAAGAGCUGGUCUUCGUGCCCGAAGCAGUGCCCGUCUUCGGAGCGUCUCUGGAGAACUCCCUGAGGAUGGCCUUAAUGGGGCUAGAGGUUUACAAAGCUGCAGGUGAAACUGUAAUUCAAGAAGCUGUCCACAAAAUGCAAAUAUUAAGAGGAACAGUCUUCCAAAGGAUGCUGUACUUAGUCAAACCAAAGGAACCUCUCUCUGUAAUCUGCCACGGGGACUUCUACAUUAACAAUAUGCUCUUCAGGUACGAAGGGAGCGAUGAGCCUGAAAGCGUGAUGUUCGUCGACUUGCAGGUCUGCAGAUACGCCUCCCUAGCCACAGAUAUCCUCUACUUCUUGUACUCCAGUCUUCAGCCCGGAGUGGUUUCGCUCUACCACGAUGACCUCAUCGAAGUCUACCAGGCCGCUCUCAACGCCGAGAUCACCAGGCUGGCACCGGGGGCUUGUGGAGUAUCCAUGAAACAGAUUCAGGAUGAAAUCGAAAACCACGCCCUCUACGGCCUCAUCAUGGCAUUCCUGAUAUUGCCGGCAGUGACUGCUUUACCUGGAGCAACUUUGAAUCUCGACAAAGUUGAAUCGUUUUCCAGUGAUGAAUUCCUCGAGAGCGCAAGAGAAAUCUUAAGUCCGAGAUACUUCGAAAGACUGCGCGAACUCGUUUUGGAUUUCGUUGACAGAGGUUACAUCUGAACAGCGAUCGAAUCGACCACCACAUCUUCCAGUAUUGAAGACUCGAUAAACAUAUUUUAUAUUAGAAAAUGUAUUUCAUAAGAUUUUAUAAAGACAUGCUUUAAAAAACGGCUUUGUUAGAUUAUAUUAAUUAAGCAGUUACUGCAUAAAGAUGUAACGGAGGGUAAGUUCCUAAAUUCAGCGCUGAAGUAAUCGGUAACAUUGUAACCAUCUCUAAAGUGGCUAAACUAUGCCAAGAAUGAACUCAGCGCAGAGUUUAGCAAAGGGCAAAAUAUUAAUAUUCGCGUAUUAGGCAUGUUUGUAUUUAAUCGAAAAUAUUUUUUUAAUAUAAUUUUGUAAAUGGAUUACAGUAAAACUUUGAUUAAUCGUCGCCGGUUUAACCAUCAGUUUACGUUAAACUUCGAUAUAGUAACACUCCUCCUCCCUCCUCUCCCCCCCCAAAAAAAAAUGAAUAUUUUAAAUCAUAUUCUUAAUAUUUCAAAGCAAUACAUUCACGGAAAAUAAUAAAACUAAUGGUAAAACAAAGAAUAAUUUUAUGAUAUAUUCAUUAUAUUUUGGUACAUUUUUUUUUUCUGUUUGCAUUACAUACCAUGUCGAUCUUGGGAUAUUUAUUUCCAUUUAUCUGCACGUAGCUCUGUUGCAUCUUUGUUGUUUCGAUCUAUCCAUUUGAUUCUUGGCGUUGUACGUGGUCUAUGGCCUAUUAUUGAGGUCAUGUAGGGGCUGCAAUUGACUGCUUCAAGUUACUUGCCCGCCCAUCUUAACAUCCUUGCCUUCAUAUCAUUAGAUAUUGAUUGAGCAGUUUCUGCUGAUCUUUAUUGGUCUUUCUCCUCCAUGUUUAUGACAUAAGAAAACAUUUUUUAAAAAUCUUGGAAUAACUUUUUUAAAAGUCUUAAUGUGAGAAAAUUAUUAAGUAAUUUCAAAGUUGAUUCCUUUUUACGAAGACUUUUUUUUUAACUUCUUUAAAAUUUCGCGUUUUUGACUCACUUAUAAGGCGUUAAAAAUUUAUAACUCACUUUUUUUUUUUUUUUCCUUAGAAUAUUUCCUCAGAGUAUAUAUAUGAUAGAAAAAACAGUUAGAAAUUAUGUUAUUUGAUUUUUUUUUAAUUAUAGGACUAAGUUUAUAUAAUAGUUAAUUAUAAUUCGUUGAAUUUUCUAAAACACCUGUAAAUCAAUUUCGGGGACAAUUUAAGUCUCUGUCAAAAACAAGCAUCGUUAUUUCUCAAAUAAGUUUUUUUUAUUUUUUUAUUUUAUUUUUUUUUUUAACAAUCCAAUAAUGAGCCAUUAUU